AUGAAUUUGAAAAAUGUGAAAAUAUUUUUGCAUUUUCUAAUUUCAUUAACAAUGUGUCAAUAUAUUCAAAGUCAGUCCCAUGCAUGCACACAUACACCUGACUAUAAUUUCGUGAAAGGCCUGAGUAAUUAUGAUAAAAUAGCGGGCGGACUAUAUGCAAGACUCGGAGAUUUUCCGUACAUGGCACUGGUGCAACAAAUCCUAGGUAACGGAAACAUCGGACAAUGCGGAGGCACAAUCUUAUCAAAAAGAUGGGUUCUCACGGCCGCUCAUUGUGCGGAAAACUACCCAAAAAGAUUUUUGGUAACUUUCGGUAUCAUUAACAUCCCGUAUGGGAUAAGCUACGAUUCUUAUCGAGGUUCCGGUGUGUCCAUGAUGGCGACUCAAGCGUUGGUACAUCCAUAUUACAGCCAGGGCUUCAACGACAUUGCUCUAAUUUAUAUACCGCAUGAUAUUCCGUUCUCUAGAAAUAUUCAACCGAUAAACCUUCCUUAUGAAGAAAAUUUUGACGAUAAAUCUGCUUUGGUGAUCGGUUGGGGAAAAUAUUACACGAAUAGCAAAGCUUCGACAAGACUUCAGUACGCCGCACUGCCGAUUAUUAAAAAUACUGUAUGUAGGCAAUUCUGGGUCCAAGUCACUGAGAAAGAGAUUUGCACGGCACCAGGGUUAGGACGAGACGCUUGUCAGGGCGACAGCGGUGGCCCACUCGUUAUAGUGGAAAAUGGCAUGCAUACUCAAAUCGGUAUUGUGAGUUACGGAGACGCAGAUUGCCCUAGCAAUCAACCCGGCGUUUUCACUAGGGUUUCGUCGUACAUAAGCUGGAUUGACGAAAUUAUAAUGGGAUCGUUUAAUACAGACUAUACUUUUUGA